AGAUUUAAACAUAGUGUCAUCAUGCACAAAGGAAAAGUAAUUCACCGUCGCCAUGUCUCAAGUCUCGUGUAAUUGAAGCAGGAGGGUAUCCUUAUCAAAAACGUGACAUACUGAAGAUGGCAGAAACUGAAACCAGCUGUGAGUUUACUAAGGGCCGACUUCAUAUAGGGACUAUGAAAGAAUACAUAUUAAACAUUAAUUAUUACUCAUGCGGAUGUGCAAAAUAUGGCACAGAAUCAGUAUCGAAACGAUCAGAGGCUGAUUUUACUGCACAAAAUUGCCAUCCUAAAAAGUCAAGUGCUGGUAUAAAACGCAAAUUAAAAACCUUUGCGCAAAAGAUUACGAUUGGUAAGAACAUAAGAAAGUAUUUAUGUGGACUCCACUCCAGAACAGACAGUUUUAAAGAACCAGUACAAGAAUCAGUAAUAGAAGAGUUGAAUACUACUGAUCCCUCUUUACAUUUUGUGAAUGACAUACCUUUUGAUAAUCAUAGACAUACUAGACAUAUUGAUCCAGAAACUGGUAAUGAAUACAAAAAUGAGUCAUCAGUUGGGAAUGCUAACCAAAGACCAUAUGCUUCUUGUUCAACUUGUCCCACUGCUAUGCAUUCAUCUACCUUACAAGAUACACACUUGAAUAGGACCACAAACACAUGUGCAACAAUAAAGUCAAAGAAGGAAAAUGCUCAAAGAUUUAAAGAUUGUUCAAAUUCGAAUGUGAAAACAUAUUGUGUUAGAUCAGAGGAUGCGAGGGAUAUGUUUAAGAAUCAAGAAGAUGUUCUGCAAGUUCAGCAAUUAGCUAAAAGGAGAGGAGCUCAUAGUCGUGAUCCAAGAGAUUCACAAAGUGUCAGUUAUUCAAAUCCUAAUGGCAAAGCAUUAGUGAAACAAGGUCAUACCAAAACAGAGAAUAGAACAUUGUUAACAAUAGAAAAUAAAGAUAAUGAUACUUCAAACAAUAAUAAAUCUAAGUAUUGUGCUGUGGUCACAGAAAAUAAUUGUGAUGGAUUCAUAUGUGGAAAACAAGAAAGAAAAUAUGGAAUUAAAGGUAGGGAAGAUAUUAAAGGGAAACAGUGUUCAGGACUUUGCACGUCUACAUCUAUAUUUACGAAUGCUUCUGAUGAAGAAACAGGCUUAAAAUCUGUUUUAAAUGUAGAAACCGAAGGUCAAGAAGAAAUGACUAUUCUUAAGUUACCGCAGCCUUCAUAUAAUAGAGAUGAGACUGAAGCUAAAGGAUUAGGACAGCAGCUCAAAAAUUUGGCAGAUUCAGAGGGUGAAAGUAGUUCUGAGUCAACAGUUCCAACAGGAUAUCCUUGGAACACCAUCUCAUCGGGUACUGUCAGGCAGCUCACAGAAGAUUUUAUUACUUCAGAUGUAAGUAAAAAGGAAUCUAAUCCAGAUUGUUUUGACAAUUUUCAUCAGAAGACUGAGGCAGAGUUAACUGAAAUAAAAACUGACAAGUCAUAUGUGACAGAUUCAUUAAAUGAAGCUGAAAACUGUAAUUACUCAAAUUCAAGUCAAAAGUAUGAAAACAGACAAGAAGUCAAAGGGGAAGGUGAAGACAAUGAGUCACAUGAAGCUGCCAUGGAAAUAUGUGAAAAUGGACUUAAUGAAUGGACAGAAUUACAAAAUUCUAGAAAAAUUUACAAUUUUUGUAGGCAGGAAGCAGUUGAAAAUGAAGAAGAAAGUUAUGUUGAAAUAAAUCAAAACAAUGAGGAAGAGGAGAAAGAGGGGGAUGGUAAUGAAAUAAUCAAACAUGAUCAUUUCAAAAGCCUGGCAAACAGCACGAUUCGAGAUAAACAAAUACCAGUGACACAACAUCUUAUGAAGCUUACAAAGAAGAAGAGAAGUGACGGAAUUAAAAAUUCUGGUUUGAAACUUGGUGUUCAAGUUGAGGUUAGAGACACAGAUGUUGCUUGCUUUGAGAAAAGUACAAAUUCAAAUAAAGCAAGAAACAGGAAAAGAAACUUAUCAUUUUUGAGUGAACAAUUCAUUCAAAUUGGUAACAAAAGAAGGCGACUGCUGUUAGAAAGUACAGAUUCAAGUAUUGAUCUGGAUGUUCUUGGUGUGUCAGAUCCUUUACAUUGCACUUUAUCAUCUGCAGACACUGGUGAUAAGACUUGUUCUUUAGUGCAGAAGUAUUUUGUAAAGAACAGUGCUGGAUGUGCAGUUUGUCAUGCAGAUACAAAGAGUUGUGGAAAGAAGAAAAUUGUUGAUGCUAGUAAUAGUCUGGCUGAUAGUAGCAUUCUGGUAGUACAUUCUAACGAAGACGAAAAAAUUACAGAUUCCAAUAUCUUGUAUGAAACAAACUUGAGAAAAACUCAAAGUUUAGAAAUCUUGCCAGAAUACUGCAAACAUGAUGUUGCAUGUAAUUUACAGUUUAACGAUGAUAUUUCUCACAGGAGAUUUUAUUCACUAUCUGUAUGUUAUGCUGAAAAUGAAGUGAGGACAAAUUCACAUACGGAGCUAUUAGGACGUAUGUGUGCUAAAGUCUCUUCAGAGGUGUAUGUUGAAAAAAGUUGGAAUAAUAAGUGUUUGAUUUUAAGAUACGUUCCUGAAGAGGACCCAGGAAAAAAAUCUAAGCCAGAGUCACAGUCUAUUACUGAUGACUACAAUAUGCCUGUUUCUAAAACUUUACGUUUAGAUGAAAAUCUUCCUAACUUUAAGGAGCAACUGGGUGAUGCUGACAUUACUGAGGAGAGCUAUGACUUUAGCAAGAGUGUUUAUCCAGAAAUAAGUGUGCAAAAUGGUGAGAGGAGAUUUUGUAAGAAGAAAAGUAGUACAAGAGAAGGGAAGAUAGCACCGCAUAGGCGAAAGAAAAAGAAACACUAUAAACAUGCUCCAAAGCCUGAUAUUCGGUCACUGGAACCAGCCUAUUUUUUAUGUUCCUCAAAGUCAAAAAAGAAAUGUUUUUUGCAAAAAAGUACAAGGGCAAAGUUGAGGCAUUCAUGUACAGGUAAAAGUUACAAGGAUAAAGAAGAAUUGAAGUCCAGACAAGAAUUGUCUCAAACUACAGUAGACUCCGGACUUGGCUCUUCAACCAUAUCUAACAAAUCUUUACUAUUUAAAGUAGGUAUUAAUACAUCUUAUACAAACUGGCUUCUAGAGUCUUACCUAGAAUCAAACACAAAUAACUGUGGUAAUGACCUGAGAAAAAGGCUGUGUCAAAGGAGGUCAGCAAAGGAAAGAAGAAGAAAUUUACGGAUUGUUAUAAGGAAAUCUGUUACAAAAAAGCUUAGAAAAUGUCUGAAAUAUUAUAUUGCAAACGAAGGGAGAAGAGUUGCAAAAUCUGUUGCUCGAGAAAUACACUUAGACCACCAUUUUCAAUUUGUGUUUGGAUUAGGGUCAUACUUUGAUAGAUUUAACAAUGGUCCACCUCCUACAACUCGAGAGCGUAUGCAGUAUGAAUGGCUCAGACUGGAAACCUUCCGCAAUUACACUGGCAAUGGAAAUGCUUUAGCUCUUGCAAGAAAUGGAUUCUACCAUGACCAUACAGGACCCACAACCACAAGAUGUUACCUUUGUGAUGCUCGUCACUCUAGCUGGGAAAUGUUUGAUGAUGUUAAUGCUGAGCACAGAAGGCAGUCUCCAAAUUGUCCCUUCCAUGAAAACAGUGGACAAGAGUCUGUUAACAUAUCAAUAACUUCUGGGGACAGUGAAGGUGGGGCAACAGUACAGGCAAGGACUUCAGCGCCUACGGUUACUUCUGUUAAUACCACAGUUACUGCAAGCUCCAGUUCUGCAGCUGCCAGUGAGGCCAUGAGAAGUUUGCAGAUUGAUCAGGCGUCAAGUAGUGGAGGAGAAAGUAUAUCCCAGCAACCAACAGAAGAUCCAGAAAGUAGAGACCGUUCCUUGUUGGCAUUGUCUCAGCCACGUACACAACGAGCUCUGGGACGGACAGGGCACUCCUAUUCUACUAUCAUAGCUCCAAGAAGAAAUAACGUAGCUACAGGUGCAAGAAGUAAUGUUGGAAUUGAUCCUUUAGGAAAUGGUUCUACAACAUCCAGUACAGGCAGUCAGGUUCCAGGGAUCCGCCCCUCUUCAAUUCUGGGAGGGCCUGUAGGGGCGGGCGCUUUUACUGGUUUAAACAGAACUGGUCAAAACACAGAUGCACAGCCUUCUGUUUCAAGAGCAACUGAAGGUUUACAACAAAGCAUUGCUCCAUCAUCGUCUACCGAAGCAGCUGCUGGGACAAGACAAACUAAUCCUGCACCUGGUGCAGGAGGAAGAACAGAUCCUACAAUAACUGUGGUGGUCGAUAACCCUAAACAUCCAGAUUAUGUGAAUAUAGAUUCUAGAGUUAGUUCAUACCAAGGAUGGCCAGAUUAUCUAGAUCAAACCCCUAGACAGAUGUCAGAAGCAGGUUUCUUCUUUGUUGGUGUGGCUGAUUUUACCCGUUGCUUUUGUUGCGGCGGAGGUCUACGAAACUGGGAGCCAGAACUGAAAGGCGAGAGAUAUGUGGGUGCAGUACAGAGACGUCAUCAAGAACAUAUGGCUGAACAGCAGAGACAACAAAUAGAGAUUGCACAAAGACGGGAUGAGAAUCGUAAUCCUCCUGAUCCGAUGACAACAGAAGCUGCUGCCGUUAUGCGGGAAAUGGGCUACUCUGCGGAACGUACAAGGGAGGCAAUCUUAGCUGUUAGACGACAAACAGGGUCAGCAAUGGUCACUACCCAGCAAGUUCUGACCUGGUUACUGGACGAUGAAGAGAGACCAUUAACUGGUAAUUCAAGUAACACAGAAUUAGGCAUUAGACCUCCACCUAUGUCCUCUUCUACAGCAACUUCUAUUGUCGACACCAGCACUCCAUCUUCUAUUGUGUACACAGGAACCAGUAUCUCAUCUUCAAUUGUAUACACUGGAACCAGCAUAGAUACUUCAAUUGUAAACACGACUUCAAGCAUUUCUACCGCAACAUCUAUAGUCAGUGCUGGGACCAACACAUCUACAGUCAGUUCAACAUCAACUACUGCCACAGCUGAAGUCCAGCAGACUGGCACUCCAGCAGGAGCAGAAAGCUCUGGAACUGGGAACCAGCAGACUGGUUCAGGGAAUAGUUCCAGUUCUAAUGCAGCCAGUGGAGCCAGUGUAGAGAAGCAGUCUGGAGCAUCUGGUGGUGACAGUGAUGAGUCCAAAUCAGCAGCUAAGGAAGAUGCAAGCAGCAGAGAGCCUACAAACAAAAGUACAAAGAGGAAAAAUGCAACGAAAAAAGCUAAAAAUAAAGCUGCAGCAAAAUCAGAAACUGCUGGUGCCACUGGAGGAGAUAUAGAUGCAAAAUCUUUGAAGGCAGAAAAUGAAAAGUUAAGAGAAAUGCAGACUUGCAAGAUUUGUAUGCAGCGAGCGGUAAACACAACCUUAUUGCCAUGUGGCCAUUUAGUAUGUUGCGAUACUUGUGCAGCACGACUACAGAGAUGUCCUAUAUGCAGAAAGAGGAUUAAAGGAACAGUGAAAACAUUCAUGUCUUGAGGAGAAACAAGAACUGGCUUCCAUCCUAAUAUCUCACUAAUAUCUAAUAAUAUGACCUAAGCAACUGCCAAUAUCACAUCCAAGUUCAGAUUGCUUAAGAGAAUUCAGCAUGCAGAAAACUUAGCUCCCCAAGCCUCUGCUGGCCAGGGUCAGAAGGCAUACGAACAUAAAGAAUACGUUGGUGUUAAAUGACAAAUAUCCACUGAAUGUGAAAUGUUUCCAAGAAAAAAGGUCACAGUGUUGCCGUUUUUCCAGAAAUUACAUUUCCACAGAAUAGGGACCUUUCUGUCAAUUUAUGGAUUUUAUGUUAUAGGUACUGACCUCUAGAUUUUGACUAAAAAUGAUCUUUCUUUUAAAUUGAAGUUUGCUCAUAUUAUGAAAAUUAGAACUUAAACUAUCAAAUCUGUUACAAACGAUUUCCAAUUUUGAAUAGAAAAAACAGCAAAAACAACUAGUUUUCAUAACAUAUAAUCUGUCAGUAACUAAGUUUCAAAGCCUUCUUAAGAAAUAUAGCAAUACUGUUCUGAUAUCUAGAAAUGUUCUCUUAUUGUUUUAUGAUCUGGAGGUCAGUGCCUUUAAGUUUACUUCAAAUGAUAGUCUUACUGAGAAAUAAGUGGUUUUAAUCUUACUGAGAAAUAAAUAACCGCUUGGAUAUUUAAAACACUUCAGAAAAGUCAUAUGCCUUCUAACCUUUAUAUGUAUGACCAAUGUAGAAGUUUGGUCAGCGGAGGAGAGAACAACUGGGGAGGGUUAGGGGGGAGGGGUUACAGUUAAUUUGUUGAAAUCUCAGAAGUGACUUCAUGCUACCAUGUCUGCUGAAGUCUUGUAUUAACAAGGUAGGAAACUCUAUUGAUAACAAUGGAAAUUAUAGCAAACAAGUGUUAGUAUUUCUAAACCUCAAUAUUGAUAUGUUAGAAAUAUGUUUAAGAAGAAUUCAUAAGGUCUAGUUAGAAAUAAAUGACAAUUGAAUGAAUAGUUGUAAUAUUUUUAAAAUAGUAAACAUGGAUGUACGUUCACAACAGAUCUAUCUAAAAUAUUUGAGGGAAAAUUUUUAAAUGGAAUUCCAAAACAGUACAGCUAUGAUUUCAUUAUUAAUACAGUACUUUGAUCUGAAGUGUUGUAUUCAGCUUGAGUUGAUUUUAUCAGGCCUGAAUACCAGAUAGUGUAACUUAGACAGGAGCGAUCAUGUCUGGAAUUUUGUUAAAUAUUAAAAGACAAUGAAAUUGAUUAUUUGAUGAUUUGAUUUGAAAGAAGACUGUUUUUGCCUAAUGAAUGUACUUUAUUAAGAUCAACAGUAGUGCAAACAUUAAAGAAAUAAGUCUUGUCUUCAAGGAAGCAUACAAGCCAUAGAUGUAAAUGGCUUAAGAGGUGUGGUUUCGCUACCUUCAGGGGUCAUAUUUUAAAUACUGUAACGUCUCUUAUUCAUAAAGCUUAACUUCCAAGAAACUUACAGAGAUAUUUACUUUUAGUUAUUUUUUUUUAUAGAAGAUGAAGUAACAAAUGCACUAACUUACAUUUUUUACAUAAAUACCAACAUGAAAAGAUGUUUUAGAUCCAGAUUCAUAUUUGAAAAUCUGAAUAGUUACUUCAUCAUAAAAUUAGCAUAUUUUUUGUGAAUACACAAUACUGUGUGUUAGAUUUGAAAUACUGUACAAACUUGUAUAGCUAAGCACAGUGUAAAAGUGUACUACUACUAAAAAAAAUAGAAGAUUUUUAAACAAUGACUGUUAUAUAUGACCUUUAAUUGUGAGUGCAGCUGUACAAACACAGUUAAUGUAUUUAUUCAAGUUUGAUUCAUUUAAUGAGGAUUUACUACAUUUGAAGUUAGUAUCUCAAACUAAACUAUUUUAGCGGACUUUUGACACUUUCUUGAUUAUCAUUAAGUCAUAUCAUUAUUGGCAUUAUGUCUGUGUAUUAAAUAGUAUAUUGUGUAGAGUAACAUGUAUAAAAUUGGUGUGUUGUAUUUGAAAAAAAAAAUAUAAAAAAAUGUAGAAAAAUCACCAGUUGCUACAAUCAUUGUAUAUACAGCCAUAAGGUACUUGCUUUUAUGUUUGAAUAGUUUUAUUUGUAUGUAUUUUUUGUUUUGUUUUGUCUUUCAAUAUACACUUAUAAACUUGUGUUAAGAUAAAGAUAUAAUAUUGUAGACCUGCCUGAAAGGAAUUUAUCAACCUUUACAUUUUCUGUCAGUUCCUCAUAUUUUCAUCAUACACACAAAUUAUGGUCUGAUACCUCUAGAAGCUUUUUUGUUUGUACUGUUAUUGUGCCCAUCUUCCCUUACAUUUUCUCUUCAAGACAACUGUGAUUGGUAUCAAAUUUCCUAGUCAUCAUUCUUUGUGUACCUGCUCAUGCAGCACUCUCAGGUAAUCAAGUGAACUAAUUCAAGGGUGAUAUAAUAUCAAGAAUUAUAAUGCCUGGCUUUUUUUCUCACUGGGUUGAAAUAAAAUAUUUCAAUUUCUUAUUUUUAUUUGUGUGAACUUAAGACGAAAAGAUUAUUAGGUGUAAAAAUAUUCGGAUGUGUAUGUCAGGAUGGUUCUUUGACAGGUUUACAAUUUAUGAUAUCUUAAAUUAGCUUAGAUAUGUUAACAGAAUGUUUGCGGAGACAAGUGACAGAUAUACUUAUGUUCUGAUUGUUUAAUUGUUUAGUAUAUUGCUUUCAAUGUUUACUGACGGUGUUGGUACCAGACUUUUUAUUUGAAUGUUUUAUAAAUGGUAUAUAAAGUAUAUUAAAGUUUGUAUGUAGGUAUCCAUAGGGUAUCAGAAUUAUCUACUGUUGGUGAUGUUCUCGAAGAAUUUUACAAAUUUAAUGUACUAGUAUACAGACAUUAUUUUCUAUAUAUUUCUCAUCAUAUGUAUGAUAUGCAAAAUAUGCCCAUGGCAUAAUCUUUAUUUAAUUCCGUACAUUUUAAUACAUGUUGUUAAGUGAUCAGUACUUCGAAUGGUAAGUUUUGCUGUAUUUCUGUAACAUCACAUGUACUUACAAGAUACAUGUAGAAUGCAGACAACUAAAAUGCCAUACCUUUAUUAUAUUCUUCCAUAUAUAUAUAUAUAUAUAUAUAUAUAUAUAUAUAUAUUAUACCGCCAUUAGAACAUAUUCAUUAAUGCACAUGCAUUUUAAUAUUGUCAGUGAUUUCAAGGUAUUUAUAUUUCGGUGCAAGAAAUUACAUUGUGUUACUUUUUCUGUUGUAUGUCAUUGAUUAUGUCUGUAUUUUAUUGCAGAAACGGCUUUUAUUAUGUAUUGUACGGUAUUAAAAUUUGAAUUUUG